UCCCCGCGGACUAUGCCCCCGCGUUUGUCUCUGCCCUCUUUCUUUCAAUUCCAUCGCUUUUCCACCAUGGCCUCCGAAAAGCCUGCCAAGGCCUUCCUGGACUUUGUCAAUGCCUCCCCCACUCCCUUCCAUGCUGUCAAAUCUGCCAAGGAUCUGUUGAACAAGGCCGGCUUUCAGGAAAUCAAGGAGAAGGAUUCCUGGGCUUCGACUUGCAAGCCUGGUGGCAAGUAUUACCUGACCCGUAACACCACCACUCUCGUCGCUUUCGCGAUUGGAAAGAAAUGGACGCCCGGAAACUCCAUCUCUAUGAUCGGUGCCCACACCGACUCGCCUGUCUUGCGGGUCAAGCCCGUGAGCAAGAAGAACGGCGAGGGCUUCGUCCAGGUCGGCGUUGAGACCUACGGUGGUGGCAUCUGGCACACUUGGUUUGACCGCGACCUGGGUGUUGCCGGUCGCGUGAUGACUCGUGCCAGCGACGGCUCUAUCGUCCAGAAGCUGGUCAAGGUCGACCGUCCCAUCCUCCGCAUCCCUACUCUGGCCAUCCACCUGGACCGCCAGGAAUCCUUUUCCUUCAACAAGGAGACCCAGCUUUUCCCCAUUGCUGGCCUGGCGGAGGCCGAGCUCAACCGCACCGCCGACUCCAAGCCCGCCGAGAGCGAGGAUGCAUUCUCCCCAUUGAAGUCCGCGACUGAGCGUCACCAUCCCUACUUUGUUGAGAUGAUCGCUGCCGAAGCGGAUGUCAAGCCCGAGGACGUCCUAGAUUUCGAGAUGAUCCUUUUCGAUACGCAGAAGUCAUGCCUCGGUGGCAUGCGUGAGGAGUUCAUCUUCUCUCCCCGUCUGGAUAACCUGAACAGCUCCUACUGCGCCACCGUGGGUCUCAUCGACUCCGUUGCCAAGGAGUCGGCGCUCGACAACGAAGACGCCAUCCGUCUCAUUGCACUCUUCGACCAUGAAGAGAUUGGCAGCCGCACCGCCCAGGGUGCCGACUCCAACGCUCUCCCGGCUAUCAUCCGUCGCCUGUCGGUGCUCCCAUCAUCUUCCUCUUCGGACACGGACCUGGCAACUGCCUAUGAACAGACCCUUUCCACAUCCUUCCUAGUGUCCGCUGACAUGGCCCACUCCAUCAACCCAAACUAUGCCGCCAAGUAUGAGGCCGACCACAAGCCCCAGAUGAACAAGGGCCCGGUGAUCAAGAUUAACGCCAACGCUCGUUAUGCCACUAACUCUCCCGGAAUUGUUCUCCUCCAGGAGGUCGCACAGAAGGCGACGAAAGAGAGCGGCAACCCCAUUCCUUUGCAGUUGUUCGUCGUUCGCAACGAUUCUAGCUGCGGUAGCACCAUUGGCCCGAUGCUGUCUGCUGCGCUGGGUGCCCGUACCCUGGAUUUGGGUAACCCACAGCUGAGCAUGCACAGCUGUCGUGAAACCGGCGGCACCUACGAUGUCGACUACGCGAUCCGACUCUUCACCGGCUUCUUCCAGCACUACUCGGAGCUGUCGAAGACCAUUUUUGUCGACUAGACAUCUGCAUACAGAUAACAUGAAACAACU